AGGUGAGGGGGGAAGUGAGUAAGGUUCUUUCAGUAGUUGUUUUAGUAGCAGGUAGGAAGGUUGCUGGGCUUGAGCUGCAGAUCAGAGACUCAUCAAACAUGUUGAUGGAAAUUGACGCUGCUGUUAAAUUCUUCAUGAAGAUUUUGAGCUUGAAGAAUACUCUGACGUCAGACCAGCUGGACUCUCUGGGGAUGAACUUGGCAUGUCUGCUGAGGGACCGGUAUCAGGGACAUUGGUACCCGGACAAGCCUGCCCAGGGCCAAGCUUAUAGGUGCAUUCGCAUUAAUAAAUGGCAAUAUGUGGAUGAGUCCCUGCUUCAGGCAUGCAAAUUCUGUGGUAUAGAAUACUCAAGACUUCCCAUCCCAAGAGAAAUUACAAUCUGGAUUGACCCAUUUGAAGUCUGUGGGAGGAUUGGAGAGACCAGAGACUACUUCACAAUAGCAACAUUUAAAUCGGUUUAUGAAGAGCCAAUGCUUGCCUAUCCAGAACAGGUGCAUGAAGAACCGGUUCUCUUCAGUUCAGAAGAUCCAGUGGCUGUCUAUCCAGAACAGGCACAAGAGCCAAUGCUUGUCUGCUCAGAACAUGUGGAACAAGAGUCUGUGCUUGUCAGUCCAGAAGAGCCAGAGCCUGUCUGUUGGGUGAAUGAAGAGCCAGUUCUUGUCUCACCAGAAUGGGUAGAUGAAGAGCAAUUUGAACACGUUGCUGAAGAGUCAGUGCCUGCCAGUCCAGAGCCUGUGUGUGUCUCACCAGAACAUGUGACUGAAGAGCCAAUGCCCAUCAGUCCAGAACAGGUGAAUCAAGAGCCAGAACAUGUGACUGAAGAGCCAGUGCCUGCCGGUCAAGAACAGGUAAUUGAAGAGCCAGUGCCCAUCAGUCCAGAACAGGUAAUUGAAGAGCCAGUGCCUGCCGGUCAAGAACAUGUGACUGAAGAGCCAGUGCAUGUCUCACCAGAACAUGUAAAGGAAGAGCCAUUGCCUGCCGGUCCAGAACAGGUGACUGAAGAGCCAGAACAUGUGCCUGCCAGUCCAGAACGGGUGAAUGACGAGUCAAUGAGUGUCUAUCUAGAAUGUGAAACCUCAGACUAUUCUUCAGAUGGGCUUUCCUCGGAGUCGGAAUUCAUUUCUGAGAAUUCUUCAGAUGAAGAAACUGGAGAAGAGACCAAAAAGGUUGUUAAAGUAAUGCCACCAAUCUGUACCUCUCCCGAUGAAGCUAUUGAGUCUCCUUCAACUUCCAAUGCUGGGACCCCAGUAUGUGAGCUGUUGGCCGCAGACCAGGAGACAGAUUCAAGCGUUGCCCAAGAGACCACCUAUCUGUGAGACUGCUCAAGUGAGAAAAGCCUAUAAAGUUUUCUCGAUCCAAGAAACGACAUGCUCUUAAAUGUUUCAACACUAGCACUUCUACUGCAAUUUUUAUUUUAUUUUUUUAACCUAGGCUUUUUAUU